UCACGUUCAAUUCUUGGAUGAUUUAAGCAUUUGAUUACAAAUGGAGUGUGCCUUUAAUAAUCUGCGUGUAAUAAUUUUGAACAUCUCAAAAAGUUAUUAAAAUUUAGUGCUCUAUUCUUGAGUUUCGUUGUUCGCAUCACCCUCGCAGCGUUCAAUUCAUCGUGUAGUUGAAGCUUCUUGCUCUCAACCCACUUCACAACAAGGACCUUGAAUACUGAUUGAGGACAUCGAAAGUGAAGUGAUUGAAAUGGCAAGCUACCUGUGGAGAAAAUAUGCAGAUUAUUUGUACACAAAGUGGGAAAAAACCUUUCUUUGGGACAUGGUGGAGCCUUACAGAAGGCCCAAAUCAUUUACUCCAUUGGUCACUAUUUAUAUCGCGGCUUUCUACUCUGGAGUCAUUGGUGCUGCCAUUACUGAACAACUCUACAAGGAAAAGUACUGGGAAGAGCACCCUGGGAAAGCAGUUCCUAUCAUGUUUCCAAAGUUUUAUGGGGGUCCCUGGAGGAUCAUGGGCGGUGAUGUUCCUAAAUCUGAAUGAAAAGCUGUGAAGGCAUCUUCAUACUUGAUUAAUAUUCACUUACAGCAGACAUUUUUUUUGGGGGGGCAAAACAAUCCUUUAUUAUAUCGGAGACUUUCUUUAACUAUGUUCUCCAUGUUGCUUGCUUUUCUUCUAGCUUUUGCAAUUCUUCAUUGGUUAUUAAGAUAGGUUUUCUUUUCAGGUUAAUUAGGAACUGUGUGGACUCUUCAAAUGGGUCAACCUGAGUAGUAUGUAUGAAGUCUUCUAUUCGAACCUCGAUAUCAUUAUACAUAAAAAAGUACUAUUUAUUGGUUUAUGGGAUUAUUGGUUAUCAACAGCAAUCCUCUGAAUGUUCAUGAGCAGAAUAUUGAUUUGAAUUGUUGCCAGUCAAAUUAUUCUGUUUCACUUUCAUAUUUGUCAA